AUGGCCAAUUACCCGUCCAUCUUCUUCCCUUGUUCUUCGUCUUCAACCUCAUCAGUAUCAGUAUCAGUAUCAGCAGCAGCAGCUUCUUCUUCUCCGUUCUCUUCAAAUAUGGUAGACUCUUAUACUUUUAUAGACGUUCAUGGCAAUAACCCAAACCCAACUGGGUUCCAAGGAUGGAAGAAGGAGCUGACGUCUUCGUCGUCCGAUGUCUCACUUUCACAGCUAAUUAGAAACGAUUCUCAAGGUGGGGGGAGUUCUAAUGGGUCAUCUGAGGGUGAGAAGAAAACAGAUAAAAAGAAAGGUGAAAAGAAGAUUAGAAAACCCAGAUAUGCUUUUCAAACAAGGAGCCAAGUUGAUAUACUUGACGAUGGUUACAGAUGGAGGAAAUACGGACAGAAGGCUGUGAAGAACAAUAAAUUUCCCAGAAGUUACUAUCGGUGCACACAUCAAGGGUGCAAUGUGAAGAAGCAAGUCCAACGCCUUUCCAAAGAUGAAGGAAUUGUUAUCACUACAUAUGAAGGGAUGCAUACACAUCCUAUUGAGAAGUCUACUGACAACUUUGAACACAUCUUGAAUCAGAUGCAAGUCUACACUGCUUUUUAACUCUCCUCUCCUCU